UUUUGAAUGUUUUAUUUAGUUUUUUAAUUAUUUUUAGUUUGCUUUUCAUGGUCGCUGCAUUUACUUUAUUUAUUAGCUAAAGUUGUAUUUGCAAAACUUAUUCAAUUAAUAAUGAUUUGAGUAUACAUUGCGAAAUUCUUUUGAUGAAUUUAUUAUGUUUUGACUGAUUUGUUGUUUAACAAUAACGUAAGAACUACAAAAAAAGUAUCUAUUAUCUCUGGUAUAAUUCUAUAUAAAUAAGAAAACAAAAAGACUCAAGACGUUGUCCAAACCAAAAAGUCUUAGCAUUAAAUUAGUUAAUAAUCGAUUUUGUUUGCAACAAAUAUUAAUAAAUAAAUAAUCGAAUUAAUUAGAGCCGGUGAAAAUCGAAAACCAUUGACCUUAUAGCAUUGAUAUAAGUGAAUCAAACCCAAGUACUUUGCGCGCAUUUCUUCGUUGGUAGUACUGUUUGACGGUGGUACAAAAGUUUUGAUUAUCGGACACCGGCAAUAAUUAUUCGUGAUUGAAAACAGUGAAUCGUUUUUGUGAUACUAAAAAUGCUGGAAGGAUGGAAAUUAGCAGUGUCCAAAUUAUUCAUCAUACCUCAAAGGUACAUCUUAGGCAUAAUGGGAUUUCUGGCAGUAGUAAACGCUUACACCAUGAGAGUGGUACUGUCAGUAGCCAUAACCGAAAUGGUAAUGCCUAUAGUACAUAAUGAAACAAUCGAUUCACAUUCCUGUUUGGACGAUUGGCAAAUGAAUACAACUUUUGUACAUGAUACGACAUCAUCAAAUUUGUAUCCAUGGACUAAUCAGCAACAAGGCAUCAUUCUAAGCUCGUUUUAUUGGGGCUACGUGCUUACUCAUAUUCCAGGUGGAAUGAUUGCGGAAAGAUUCGGAGGCAAAUACUCUUUGGGAUUGGGAAUGCUUUGUACAGCAAUUUUUACUUUUAUUACACCGUUUGUGAUUUACGCUACAAAUGGAAACUGGAUUUCUCUUGUGGUUGUUAGGGUUUUAGAGGGACUUGGCGAGGGUACUACUUUUCCUGCACUAACAACAUUACUAUCCAACUGGGUACCACUAAGAGAAAGAUCAAAAAUUGGUACCCUAGUCUACGCCGGAAGUCAAAUAGGCACUGUAGUCGGCAAUUCAGUCAGCGGAGCCCUGAUAGCUGCGACAAACGAUUGGGCGAUUGCCUUCUACUUCUUCGGAGCUGUCGGAAUCGUCUGGUUCAUUUUCUGGAUGGCGCUCUGCUAUCCAGAUCCGCAAUCGCACCCCUUUAUCAGCCAAAAAGAAAAAGAAUACUUAGCGGAACACAUUGCAAACAUCUCAAGCAAAGACAAAGUUAUCCCCUGGAAAGCUAUACUAACCUCUUGGCCUAUUUGGGCAUUAGUUUUAGCCCAAAUCGGACACGAUUGGGGCUUUUUCACUAUGGUCACCGAUCUUCCAAAGUACAUGAAAGAUGUACUUCAUUUUAACGUUAAACAAAACGGUAUUUGGUCAUCUGUGCCUUACAUUCUAAUGUGGAUUGUGUCGAUGAGCUCUGGAUGGCUUUGCGAUUGGUUGAUACAUAAAGGCCACAUGAAAAUCAGUAAAGCCAGGAAAUUCUUUACGACUUUAGCCUCCAUGGGUCCAGCGGUUUUUAUUUUGAUUGCUUCUUAUGUUGGGUGCGAUAGGGUUUUAGCAGUGACGAUGUUUACCAUUGCGAUGGGUUUUAUGGGUACUUUUUAUUGCGGGAUGAAAGUGAAUGCUUUGGAUUUGAGUCCUAAUUAUGCCGGUACCAUUAUGGCUAUUGUGAAUGGGAUUGGAGGACUCACUGGGAUUAUUGUGCCUUAUUUAGUUGGAGCUCUAACGGAAAAUCAUUCUUUGGCAGAAUGGCGCUUAGUGUUUUGGAUAGCAUUUGCAGUGUUUCUUGUAACGAAUUUAGCAUUUAUUGUUUUUGGGAGUGCUAAAGUUCAGUCUUGGAAUACGAAUGAAGGAAAAGCAGGAAAAUCUACUGAUGUGGAAAAAACAAAAUGUUGAUAACAAAAUUGUGAUAAAUUUAAUUAAUGCUGUGAUUGAGUUUUGUAUAAUUACUUUACAUUUAAGAGGAUUUAGUAAUGAAGAUCUUUGAACUUGUGUUAUUUCAUAUAGUAAUUUACCAGGUUUAAGUAAGAUUAUGUACAAAUAGUGUAAUUGUUGCUUUAUCAGAGCAAUAAAAUAAAAUGAUAUUUG